GUAGUAAGAACGAGGGUUUUGGAGAGAGAGAGAGAGAGAGAGAGAGAGAGAGAAAGAGAGAAGGGAGGAGAAAAAGGAGCCGCCUUUGGUUGUGUUGCUCGUCGGAGGAGGGGCGGAGGAUGAGCGGAGGAGGAGGAGGGAGGGGAGCCGGGGUGGCGGGGAUCCCGGCUGGAGCACGGAAGAUGGUAGCGAGCUUGAAGGAGAUCGUGAACUGCCCGGAAGCGGAGAUCUAUGCGAUGCUCAAGGAGUGUGGCAUGGACCCUAGCGAGGCUGUUCAUCGGCUUCUUUCUCAAGAUACUUUUCAUGAGGUGAAGAGCAAACGUGAAAAGAAGAAGGAGGUUAAAGAGGUUCCUGAGAACAGAUCUAGAUCAGUGGGUGCCAAAUCCAAUCGGGGAGCUCGAGGUGGUACUGACCGGGGGCUGCGUAAUAAUCCGUCUCAAUUCAGUUCUAGUGAUUUUGCAGUUGCUCGAGGUAAAGCUGUACACCAGAAAGAAAAUUCAGAAAAUGCUAUUCCUACAUCAAGUUUGGAAUCUGCCUCAUCAGCCACUUAUCAUAAUAAAAGUGAUUUUGCACCUAUGAGAACUCCAGCACCUACAACUGUUGUACCUGAUGGUCUCUCAUAUCCAGUGCAACCUUCAUCUGGAUACCAGAAUAGUUGGUUUGGAGCCCCUGGUCGUCGUUCGAUGGCUGAUGUUGUAAAGAUGGGCAGGCCUCAAGGGAAGUCACCCAGCGUAUCUGCUGUGGCUAGUGACUCAUCCUACACACCAUCUGUUCCCCUCCUGUCAGACAUGCCACCCCUCUGUCAGAGACCCUCACCAUCGGUUUUGCCUUGUGAAUCGAAUCAGGAAUCGCAUUCUUCUCAGAAUCCGAUCCUUAAGAGCACGGAGAUAACUCAUGAGCAAAACACUAGUGUAGGAUCACAUGGCUCUCAUGAUGAUUGGGCGGUGGUUGACGAAUCACCUGCUGCAACAGUGCCAUCUGUUCCAGAGACAUCUGGUUCCUCUACUUUGUAUGCAGAGACACCUACUCUUGCUGAUGGUAACAACUUGCAUGUAAAUCCUCAUUUGAAUGAGACUGAAGAGUUAGAGGAUGACGCUACUGAUGAGGACUUGCACGCAGAGCAUACUGGAUCUGUAUCUCUCUCUGACAGGCAAGUGCAAUUGGAUAAUCUGGGAGAUGACUCACAUCAGACUGAUGAUUCUAUAAAUAAUUUGAGCUCUUACCAAUCGCAAAGGCAUGCUUUUGAGCAUCGUGAAGUUGAGGAUGUUAAUGCAGAAAUUUCAUCAGUGGCUGCUAAUUUACAUCAAAUAAAUCUGCAAAAAGACCUAAAUGCACCAUCUGUGGAGGAAAUCCCUGCAGUGAUAAUUCCUGAUCACCUGCUGGUUACUAAUGUAGACUGCUCCCACUUAAGCUUUGGUAGCUUUAAUUCUGGAAUUAUUACUGCUGGUUUUUCUGGAUCAUUCUCGUCAAAGCCCAUGAAAACCAGCUUGGAUGUGGCUCCUGUUACAGAAGAUACUUCUUCAAUUGAUAAGUCUGAGCCUAGGAAUACCGAAUACUAUGAUAGUGAGCAGCUUAGGUCUGCUUUAAGUGAAAAUGUUGCUUCCACAAGUACCACUACCACAAGGGAGGAUGUGCCUUCUGCUACAGAGCCAGAAAUCAUCAGAAGUGAUUCCUUGGAUGCCACCCAUGGACUUCAGUACAAUUUCCCAUCUGUCUCUGAUUAUACAUUACCAAGCACUACGGAACAAAAUGCUGCAGGAUAUGGUUUCCCGCAAUCAAAUUCGCAAAUCCAAAAUCUUGCUCCUUUCUCAAGUUUAAUGGUAAUCUAGAAGCCCUAACAUUUGUUUAUCAUCUAGUUUCAUUUUGAUAGCAUUACAGACUGCCAGUAUUUCACUGUGCUUCUCUACAAGCUUCUCAUAUCUAUGCCCAUAUCUAUAUCCACUAUCUUCUUUGUU